CUGCAUCCACAUUGACGUGGGACCGACAUUGAGUGGGUCGGAGGUGUGUGAACCCUUCGUGCCAUCACCACGACGUACGCUCUGGAAAAUGGCGUCCUAAGACAGCCUGUCCCACGGCUCCUCGGUAUUGUCGGUACGGAGCUCGCCAGGCUGAUAGACGUCCUCCGACGCACCUUCAUCAUUAGUGUUGGCGAGGCCGAUGAUAUGCCUCGCUUCGUCUUUCGCAUUUCGCUUGUGCGAUGGAUGAGGGAAAGCCUUGCGCUCGACUCCGAUCAAGAUCGACAGAUUCUUGACACUCGCAAAUGUUGGUUCACGAACCUAAAUGUGGCCCGCCCAGACCCAGCACAUCCAAGAAGACCAGCUCUCAAACAUGUCCUCUUCAUCGCCAAGGAACGGUGAGCGCCCUUCUCCGCGAACCGCACAUUGGAGCUCUCGAGCUCGGCCGGUUGACGUGUUGACAGGAGUGAGUCUCGAAGGGCAUGGUUGGUAAGAC